CGUUUCCCGUGGAAUUCUUUUUAAGCGCCUCUCCUCCCUCGUAAAUCGGCGCCUCGCCUUGCGCUCGUCGGCCGUACCAUCGCUGCUCCUCCCCCGCGCACUCGUCCUCUUGAACCCUAACUUAAAUUCCCCUCCCUUCGAUCGCCUGCGAGCGGCCUCCUUCCCGAUGGCGUCCUCUUCCUCCUCUGGGAGCGACCGGGACGACGCCUUUGACGCGGACAUGGAGGCACUGCGCAGGGCCUGCAUGCUCACCGGCGCUGACCCCUCCAACGUAGGCGGUGCUGGAUCCGAUUCCGAAUCAGAAUCCGGACCGGAGAGCGGCGGGACCGACGAUGCCGGCCUCCUCCUUCGCCUGCGGGAGCGGUUCUCUUCGCCCUCCCCGGCUCUGAAUUCCUUGCCUUCUAACAAGCCCUCGAGUACUCUCCCGCAGGAGUCUAAUUGUGAGGAUGAUUUCGAAACCCUUCGUGCAGUCCAGAAGAGGUUUAAGCAGUUCGAGAGCGAUUCUCUGAGGAAGAAGCCUGGAAAACUUCUAGAAGAACCUGAGAUAGCUGUUGGUAUUGAUGUGUGUGGGCCUGAAACUCCUAAUAGAUCCACAGAAUUGAGCAAAGAGCUUGGCUACAGUUAUAAUGAAUCACACACCCUAGAGCACGAAGAAUGCAAUUCAAUUGUUAGGGAUUUGAUGCAUCCUAAGUUCCCAAAGUCUGCUCAGAAUUUUGUUGAUGCUCUCAAGAAGAACAGGUCAUGUCAGAAACUUAUUAGGAGGAAGCUGAUAGAAAUUGAAGCAAAGAUUGAAAAAAAUAAAGAACUGAAAGAACGUAUCAAAUGUCUUAUGAACUUUCAGGUUGCCUGCAAAAGGAAAGUGAUGAAUGUUUUAUGUCAAAGGAAGGACCCUCGUGUUAAGUUAAUAUCUGUGAAGAAACCUACAUCUGAAAAUUCUUCAAAGACUACUUUGAAGAAGCUUCCCGCCUUACAUUUUGGUCCAGGUGAAAACUCUCAUAUUUUAAGAUGUAGAAUGGUACUUGAAAGAUUCCCUGUCUCACUAUGUAAGCAACCAUGGUCAAAGACUGAGAAAGAAAAUCUUGCAAAGGGAAUAAAGCAACAGUACCAAGAGAUGUUGAUUUUGAACUCGAUGAAUAUGGAAAGUGAUGAAGAGGGUAUUACAGACUCAAGCAUAAUGUCUGCAACAACAUUAAGUGAUCUUGAGUUCACGCCUGAAAAAAUUCGAUCUUUCAUGCCUUUGGUAAAUUGGAAUCGGCUGGCUUCCAUGUAUGUCAUGGGCCGUUCUGGUACAGAAUGUGAGGCAAGGUGGUUAAACUGUGAAGAUCCGAUGAUUAAUCACAGUCCUUGGACAGUAAUGGAGGAUAAGAAGCUUUUGUUUAUUGUUCAACAAAGGGGCAUUUACAAUUGGAUAGAUAUUUCAAUUCUAUUGGGCACACACAGAACACCAUUUCAAUGUUUAUUACGUUAUCAACGGAGUCUAAAUCCUCAUAUUCUGAAAAAGGAGUGGACAGAAGAAGAUGAUGUGAAGCUUUCUGCGGCUGUCGAGAACUAUGGUGAUAAUAAGUGGCAGUUCAUAGCUUCUUGUCUAGAAGGCCGUACAGGUCCUCAGUGUUCUAAUAGGUGGAAAAAAACCCUUAACCCUGAGAGGAAGAAAGUAGGUAGGUGGUCUGUGGACGAGGAUAAACAGCUAAAAGUAGCAGUUAUGCUCUUUGGGGCCAAGAACUGGAACAAGAUAGCUUGGUUUGCACCUGGUCGGACACAAGUCCAAUGUCGAGAAAGGUGGCUUAACUGUUUAGAUCCAGCUUUAAAUUUAAAUCCAUGGACUGCAGAAGAGGAUGCCAAGUUGUUGGAUGCAAUAGCAGUUCAUGGAAAUUGUUGGUCUAAAAUUGCUGCUUGCAUACCUCCACGCACUGAUAACCAAUGCAGGAGGAGAUGGAAGAUUCUGCUUCCAGAAGAAGUGAAAUUGCUUCAAGCUGCGGCACAGAUAAAGAAGACUGCACUUAUAUCCAACUUUGUAGACCGAGAAAGUGAGCGACCAGCAAUUGGUCCAAAUGACUUUACAUCAAUCGUUAAUUCUACUAUAUCUGAAAAAACUGAUUAUGUGGAAGCUAGGAAGAAAAAGCUAAGUGAUCAUCAGCCAAAGAAGUCCAAAGCUAAGUCCAGAAGAGUCAUUAAAGAAAAUUCAAUGGAGGAUCAGGAUAUAAAUAAUUUUACUGAUACUGUUCCUGCUGACUUGGCUCAUCUACCAAGCACAGAAUCUAAUUCCACUGAGCAUCUUGGUAUCUGCAGAUCAGGGAAUAAAAGAUCAAGGUCUAGUGAUAAAAGACCAAGAAAAUCAAGAGUUAAAUCCGGAAGUCAUCUUAAAGAAAAUUCAACAAAGGAUUGCAUGAUAAAUACUUCAUCCGAUAUAGCUCCAGCCGGCAUGUCACUUACAACUGCUGUAAACUCGGCUUCUACAGAAGGUGUGUGCAUUGGCAGGACAACGGAUAUAACAUUGAGUGAAAAUCAACAAAGUACUGACAGACAUUUAGUACCGGAUACAAGUGCUGACAAUUCUGCUACAGAGAGCAUCAGUUGCUGGAGUAAAAGAGCCAAAAGGAAGCACGAACAAUUAAAAAGUGGGGCAUUAGAAACUACUGCUGGUGGAACUGUUGGUGACAGUCUACUGGUUUCUGAGACAGAUUAUUCUGCCAUCAUUACUAAUCACAGUCAGAGGGCAAGAAAUACCAAAUCAAGAGGACCUGGAGCAAAUGAUCAAAGGGGGAAUUCUUGUGAAAACGUAAGCAGAAAAAAUAAGAUGCAGUGCAAAGGAACUCCCAGAACUAUGUAUGUUGGUGAUGUUGAUGAUUCAUCUCUUCUCAUGGCAUUUAAUAAGAAAGAAAAAAGAAAAGGAGAAAAUAUGGUGUUUGAAGAGAACACACAAGCUGCUGAGGAUCCAUUUAAGACGAUAGCUAUAUGUUGUGGUGGUGGUGAUGAUGAUGAUGAUGAUUCAUCUCUUCUUGCCACAUUUUAUAAGAAAGCAAAAAGAAAACAGAAAUGUAUAGUUACCAAAGAGAACACACAGGCUGCCAAAUAAAUUGCAGCAACCAAGUGAAAACACAGAGAUGUUAGGACAUUUUGAAAGAGAUGAAUGCAAGUAUUCAUUCAGCUGUGCAUCCAUUAAUUGCUUAAUAAUAUUUUAUGGUCAGCUGAGGCAGCUUUGGUGAAGCCUGCUAGUCUUUGAUAAGAGGAGUGUUUCUGUUUAUAAAUGAAAUGGAUAAGAUGGCAUUGGAUGAAGUGCUAACUUUUUGCUGAUGAGAAUUGGUCCUAGAUUAUCUGCAAUUUUGUACUGACAUGAUACCAGGAUUAAAUGAUCUCGGCUACUUGACGAUCAUGCCCACCGUAGCAGAAUCUUAUUCAGUAUCAUCACAGAAAUGACCAAGAUUAUUCUUUUCUGUGCCCUCUCAGGUCUACUGAUAUUAGUUGUGCUGUCUUAAACAAAUGGGAAACCAGGUGGGAAUUUCCCACUUGCCAGUUGACAUUGUCUAAUCGGCUUUGGGCUUUGGAUAGAAGAUGAUGCUUCCGUGAGUUUUAUCUUCAUUGGCUUCACGUUUAUGAAGUGUAUGCACCUCAAACAGGUAAUUGUCGUGAGUUUCAUGCAGCCAGGAACGUGACCCGCUGUGCAUUGUCCUCAAUUUGCUAUUGUAGAAUACAUUGGCGCAAUGGAGAUCAACUCAGAGAACGUUUGAUCUCAAAUUUUUUGUUCUACUAAGGAUUUUUGUUUUCUGACUUUCUUUAACCAAUAUUUAUGUAUGAAAAGCAAAACGAAGUUGUUUGCAUUAAUUUUUUUCUGAUUCUUUGUUGUACAUUCGGUCAUAAUUGUCA